CUUACUUCCAAAUUAAGAUUCUGCAUUGAAGUAGGAAUUAUCCUCGUUUAUGAGUUGUAUAUCCAAACAAUUCACAUAUAUAUCUUAAGAACUGUGAACUGAUUUAAUCUAUCCCGUAACCUUUCUGAUUCUCUUGAUUUGAAAAUUUCAAUGGAGCACUUGUCUCUGCCCGAUAAAUCUUACUUUCUUGGAUUCGACAGUUCUACGCAGUCUCUGAAAGCAACUGUGUUAGACUCCAAUCUCAACAUUGUUGCCUCAGAAUUAGUUCAUUUUGAUUCUGAACUGUCCCAUUACAAAACCCAAGAUGGAGUUUACCGUGAUUCUUCUAUCAAUGGUCGAAUCGUUUCCCCCACAUCCAUGUGGGUGGAGGCUCUGGAUCUCAUGCUACAAAAGCUAUCGAAAUCGAAAUUGGAUUUCGGUAAUAUUGCUGCAGUCUCUGGCAGUGGACAACAACAUGGUAGUGUUUACUGGAAAACUGGAAGUUCUACAAUCUUAUCUUCAUUGGAUCCUCAGAAGCCGUUAGUAGAUCAGCUGGUGGAUGCCUUUUCCAUUAAAGAAUCACCCAUAUGGAUGGAUAGCAGCACUACUACUCAAUGUCGGCAGAUCGAGGAAGCGGUCGGGGGAGCUUUAGAAUUGUCUAGACUUACUGGCUCGCGAGCUUAUGAAAGAUAUACUGGACCCCAGAUCAAGAAGAUAUAUGAAACUCAGCCUGAAGUUUAUCAAAAUACUGAAAGGAUUUCCCUUGUUAGUUCUUUUGUGGCGUCUCUUCUUAUUGGAGCUUAUGCCUCCAUUGAUGAAACUGAUGGUGCAGGAAUGAAUUUAAUGGAUAUUAAGCAAAGAGUCUGGUCUAAGAAAGUAUUAGAGGCCACUGCCCCUGGUUUGGAGGAGAAACUUGGGAAGCUAGCCCCUGCCUAUUGUGUGGCUGGUUAUAUUGCUCCAUAUUUUGUUAAGAGAUAUAACUUUAAUCACAAUUGCUUGGUUGUUCAGUGGUCAGGAGACAAUCCCAACAGCCUUGCAGGUCUAACUCUUAAUACUCCUGGGGAUCUUGCAAUUAGUCUUGGCACAAGUGACACUGUAUUUGGGAUUACUAGUGAUCCACAACCUAGGUUAGAGGGACAUGUUUUUCCAAACCCUGUAGACCCAGAGAGCUACAUGGUAAUGUUGGUUUACAAGAAUGGAUCAUUGACACGUGAAGAUGUUCGCAACCGCUAUGCAGAGAAGUCUUGGGAUACAUUCAAUAAAUUUCUGCAGCAAACACCUCCUCUAAAUGGUGGAAAGAUUGGAUUUUACUUUAAGGAACAUGAAAUUCUUCCACCUCUUCCAGUUGGUUUUCAUCGGUAUAGCCUUGAAAAUUUCAAGGUUAACACUGUAGAGGGAGUGACCGAAAAUGAGGUGGAUGAAUUUGAUCCUCCUUCAGAGGUACGAGCACUGAUUGAAGGCCAAAUCGUGUCGAUGCGAGCUCAUGCUGAAAGAUUUGGGAUGCCUUCACCUCCAAAUCGGAUCAUUGCAACUGGAGGAGCUUCAGCAAAUGAGACCAUCCUUUCCUCCAUAGCUUCAAUAUUUGGCUGUGAUGUCUAUACAGUUCAAAGAUCUGAUUCGGCUUCGCUCGGGGCAGCAUUGAGGGCUGCUCAUGGUUGGUUGUGCCACAAGAAGGGGAAUUUUGUACCUAUCUCUAUCAUUUACAAGGACAAGUUAGAGAAGACAUCUCUGGCCUGCAAGCUUUCAGUGGCUGCUGGAGAUCAGGAUCUGGUUUCCAAAUAUGCUCUUUUGAUGAAGAAGAGAAUCGAAAUUGAGAACCGUCUUGUCCAGAAGUUUGGACGAUGCUGAAACUAUGGAAGGCUGCUGCUCAUUCUUGUUUAUAGAUUAUGAAUGGAAUUCCAAUGAAACGCCUUCCAUUGGGCCAUAGGAAUAAUAUCAAUCAAAGAGAGCAAUUUGGUCAGUAGGAAUGAAUAAAAAGCUUAGUGUUUACUUCAGCGGUAAAUAAAAGAAUGCCUUUUCUUUUGGAAAGCUUUGGGACUAAUGAUUGGUUUCUCAUUCAGUUAUUUAUGUAUAUAAUAACAAGUUAUUUGUGCUUCAUUCUA